UUGAGCCUCACAAAAUUUCAAACCUUCGGUUAAUUAACUUGAUGGUUAUAUAUUACGAAUAAGGGUGAAAAUCUAAAUUUACAAUAAAGAUAGGUUUAUCUAAUAUACCAUCAUGUUGGGAUUACCAAGAAGAUGGCUUAGACAAUUAACCUAUUUAAUAGGAUUUCUUAUAGUAGCCAUAAUAUUAUUAAUUGUAGCUAAUAGUCUGAAUGUUAUCAAACUUCAAGAUUAUAUACCUACAAGUUUAACUCCAUCAUUUUUCCAACCAUCUGCAGAUCUGUAUAUUGUUGAUAUUUCAAUUAAUAAUUGUUUUGCUUAUAAUAGUGGUAAUAAGAAAUGUGGAAUACCGGGAGAUAGUGAAGGUAAAUAUGGUAAAAUUCCUGAAGAUUCUAGUAAAUGGAUUAAACUAGAUAAGGAUUUAUUAUUAGGAUCUAGUUGGAUUAAAAAGCAAUUCUUAUCUUAUAAGACAGUUAAAUCAAGUGUUUUUUUAGGAGCUUUUGAGGAAGAUUCAGAUUCUAAUGAAAAGAGAGAUAAUAAUAAGAUUACUGAGAAAUUGGUUAUUAUUGAUAUUGCCAUUUCUAAUCCAAGUCAAGACUCAAAAAUAAAAGGAAAUGAAAAAUUAAAACUUCCAAAAUACAUCAUAGAUGAAUUUCAUUCAGGAAAAGUAUUUGAUGAUGAUGCUCAUAAGAAUUUAAUUGAUAAUGAUAAUGAUAUUAAGCCAAUCAAGAUAGAUUUGGAAAAGGAUAAACAAAAUUCUGCUUCUACCAAAUUAAGUGAAGCAGCAAAACAAAAGGAAUUUGAAGAAAAUAUUCAACCUCAGAAUCCUUCUAAAUCAGAUGGAUCUAUUGAAGAAAAUGCAGAUGGUGAUAUUGUAUCAGAAAAUCAAGAAGAUGGUGAUAUCAAGUCAUCUAAGAGAAGUGUUGAAACCAGUAGACAUGAAUUAGAAAGAAUGUUAUAUGUCCCCACAAAAGAGGAUUUGGCCAAAGAUGGAUGGGUAUAUAAAUCUAAUGGUAUAUGGUUAAGAUAUGGUAAAGUUCAAGCUAAUGCAGUAACAGGAAUUGAUAUCUUAUUUGGAGAAGAUGCUGUUGAUCCAAGACCCAAUUGGAAUUUAAUUAAAGAUGGUCCAUUAAGAGAUAUAGCUACACAACCAGAUAAAAAGGCUUACUUGACUGUAAGAAAGGGUGACAAAGUCAAUUAUAAGCAAGCCAAAUAUUCACCUGUUUUAAAAAUUAAUAAAAAUGGCAAGUUUAAAAUCUUACAAGUAGCUGAUUUACACUUCUCUACAGGAGUAGGAAAGUGUCGUGAUCCAGUACCUUCAAGUUCUAAGAAGGGUUGUGAAGCUGAUCCUAGGACUUUAAAAUUCCUUGAAAAAGUAUUAGAACUUGAAAAGCCAGAUCUUGUUGUUUUAUCAGGAGAUCAAAUUUUUGGAGAAACCGCUCCAGAUUCAGAAACUGCAUUGUUUAAGGCACUUCAUCCAUUUGUUAGUAGGAAAAUCCCGUUUGCUGUUACACUUGGUAAUCAUGAUCAUGAAGGAUCAUUAACUAAGAGUGAAAUGAUGAGUCUUGCUGCAAGUUUACCAUAUUCAUUGGCUCAAUUGGGACCCGAAGAUAUAGAUGGUUUUGGAAAUUAUGUCUUAACAGUUGAAGGUCCAGCAUCUCAUAAUCCAGCAUUAUCAUUAUUCUUUCUUGAUACUCAUGCGUAUUCUCAAAAUCCAAAAGUUACUCCAGGUUAUGAUUGGAUUAAAGAGAAUCAAUUAAAAUGGGUUGAAGAGACUCAUGCUAAUAUGAAAAAGGCAAUUGAUGCUUAUACGCAUAUUCAUUUAUCAAUGGCAUUUUUCCAUAUACCAAUACCAGAAUAUCGAAAUCUUCAUCAACCAUUUAUUGGUGAACAAAAAGAAGGAAUUACUGCUCCAAGAUAUAAUACUGGAGCAAGAUCUAUACUUAAUAAAGUUGGAGUUAAAGUUGUAAGUGUAGGACAUGAUCAUUGUAAUGAUUAUUGUUUACUAGAUAUUGCCAAUAAAGAUAGUGAAGAAGAAAAUAAAAUGUGGUUAUGUUAUGGAGGUGGAUCAGGAGAAGGUGGAUAUGGAGGUUAUGGAGGUUAUAUAAGACGAUUAAGGAUUUAUGAAAUUGAUAGUAAUAAUGCUGAAAUCAAAUCUUGGAAAAGAACUGAACAAGAACCUGAUCAAAUUGUUGAUACUCAAAUUUUAGUAACCGAUGGUAAAGUUGUCAACUUUUAAUGUUUACCUUUUUUUCAGGGGAAUCAAUAGCUUUUAUUAAUCCUAUGUACAGUAGCUAGAAUCAUAAUCAUUCGCUUGUAAUACAUUGCGCAUUU